ACGGAUGCAGCCCUCAUGUAUGAUGCCGUGCAUGUGGUGGCAGUGGCAGUGCAGCAGUCACAGCAAAUCACCGUCAGCUCUCUGCAGUGUAACCGCCACAAGCCAUGGCGCUUUGGAGGCCGUUUCAUCAACCUUAUCAAAGAGGCUCACUGGGAUGGAUUGACUGGACGUGUUCUCUUCAAUAAGAGCAAUGGACUGAGGACAGAUUUUGAUUUGGAUGUCAUCAGUUUAAAGGAGGAAGGGCUGGAAAAGAUUGGAACAUGGGAUCCACCCAGCGGUCUUAAUAUGACAGAGAGUCACAAAAGCAAGACAUCCAACAUCACCGACUGUCUGGCUAACAAAUCCCUGCGUGUAUCGACUAUACUGGAGGAGCCGUAUGUGAUGUUUAAGAAGUCUGACAAGCCUCUGUAUGGGAACGACCGCUUUGAGGGAUACUGUAUUGACCUGCUGAGAGAGCUCUCUGGCAUUCUGGGCUUCCGCUACGAGGUGCGAUUGGUGGAAGAUGGGAAGUACGGGGCGCUGGAUGAGAGCACAGGCCAGUGGAACGGCAUGGUGCGGGAGCUCAUGGACCAUAAAGCAGACCUUGCAGUUGCUCCUCUUGCCAUUACCUACGUUAGGGAGAAGGUCAUCGACUUCUCAAAGCCCUUCAUGACCCUGGGGAUAAGUAUCCUGUACCGGAAGCCCAACGGCACCAAUCCUGGGGUCUUCUCCUUCCUCAACCCCCUGUCACCCGAUAUCUGGAUGUAUAUUCUGCUGGCUUGCUUGGGUGUCAGUUGUGUGCUGUUUGUCAUAGCCAGGUUUAGCCCUUAUGAGUGGUAUAACCCGCAUCCAUGCAACCCAGACUCGGAUGUAGUGGAAAACAAUUUCACGCUGCUCAAUAGUUUCUGGUUUGGAGUUGGGGCUCUCAUGCAGCAAGGCUCAGAGCUUAUGCCCAAGGCCCUGUCGACUCGAAUAGUGGGAGGCAUCUGGUGGUUCUUCACCCUCAUCAUCAUUUCCUCAUAUACAGCCAACCUGGCUGCCUUCCUCACAGUAGAGAGGAUGGAGUCACCAAUAGACUCUGCUGAUGACUUGGCUAAACAGACUAAAAUCCCAUAUGGAGUGGUGGAAGAUGGUGCAACAAUGACAUUCUUCAAGAAGACAAAAAUCUCCACAUAUGACAAGAUGUGGGAGUUUAUGAACAGCAGGAGGCAGUCUGUAAUGGUCAAGAACGUCGAAGAGGGCAUCCAGCGUGUUUUGACUUCUGACUAUGCCUUCCUCAUGGAGUCUACUACGAUUGAGUUUGUCACCCAGCGCAAUUGCAACCUCACACAGAUCGGAGGCCUCAUCGACUCUAAAGCCUACGGAGUGGGAACGCCUAUGGGCUCUCCGUACAGAGACAAGAUCACAAUAGCUAUUCUGCAGCUGCAAGAGGAAGGAAAGCUGCACAUGAUGAAGGAGAAGUGGUGGAGAGGUAACGGUUGUCCUGAGGAGGAGAGCAAAGAGGCCAGUGCUCUGGGAGUACAGAACAUCGGGGGAAUCUUCAUCGUGCUGGCUGCGGGACUGGUGCUGUCUGUGUUUGUCGCCGUAGGGGAGGUCCUUUACAAGUCGAAACAAAAUGCCCAACUGGAAAAGCGAUCCUUCUGCAGUGCCAUGAUGGACGAGCUGCGCGUUUCUCUGAAGUGCCAGCGUCGCCUCAAACAAAAGCCUCAGCCGCCUGUCAUCGUCAAGACAGAAGAGGUCAUUAACAUGCACACAUUCAAUGACAGGAGACUCCCAGGAAAGGAAACCAUGGCAUGA